AUAUUGAUACUGGGACUGUUUGCCGGCGACAGAGUCGAUUUUGUUUUGGUUUUCUAUAUGCAUACAUACAUACAUAUUUGCAUACAUACAUACUACUAGCAGCUGUUGUGUAUCUGAACGAAUCUAAUUGGGAGUAUCUAAAAGUCUGUACACGAGCCGAAUGUCAGAAGAGAAAAUCAAAAAAUAUAUACCGUGCAUAAAUAUGUACAUAUAUACAUAUACGCAUAUACCGUCAGAAUUAACGAACAGGGUGAUGUUUGCACAAAAUGAGAUACAAAUAAAUCGGAGAGCGGAGGACUACCGACCGUUGAAGCUAAAGCAAGCGCGGUGGAUUCGUAUACCAGCGAGCCAUACCCAUCAAGUUGCGCUACGACCUUGCAAUACCCUUGAAUGACACUCUUACUGUGCGCACCGUGCCCAAGAUGAAGACGAGCACAAAAGCGACGCAACGGUAGAAGUCAAAUAUUAAAAGUGAACUUUGUGUGUUUUUGCCUUUUCGUGUGUAGUUCAUGCGUUCGCUUAUUUAUGAAAAAAAAGGAAAAUUCACGUCAAUAAGAACCAACUUCAAUCAAUUAAAAUAAAAUGUUCUCCAAUGCACCAUUAAGCGCUUACAACGGGGUACAUUAAAUCUGUGACAUUUCACUAUCGAAAUUUUACGUGAGGUCAAAGCAAAAUUUGUAAGGUUGAUACACAUCUCAAAACAAAUCCACCCAUAUAUACACUAAAAGUUCCUGGUAAAUGCUGAUGAACGGCCCAGGCGAUAUUCCUUUGAAUGAUAAUAGCAGCACACCUGACACACAAGUUUGCAGUAUAAUAUCUGUAAUUCCAGCACUAGGUAUGUCAUCAUGUCGUGGUAGAGCCGAGGCUUUUGCGCGUAGUUUAUCCUCCAAGUUACGGACAUUAGGCACACAGAACGACGAUGGCGUAAUAUCGCAAGAAGAAGAGUCUAUUAUACCUGAAAACAACACAUCUAGUACAUGGCAGACUACAAAUGACUCUGAAAAUCCGGUCACGGACUUGCAACCGCUACGCCAUGAGUCCGACUCGUUUUUUGAUUUCGAUUGUGAAUUAGAAAGUCCAGGAAGUCCAGUCGACGAAUGCGAAUAUUUACAACUGAUAGAAACGGCAUCUAAUACGCCACAUAAUUCGGCGGCUGAAUCGGGUUACAUUUGUGCAUCGACCUCGAGUAGUCGGGGAUCCGCCGAUGUGCCUUACUUUGAACAUAUACAUCAUGAUGAUGCCACCGAUGGAUCUGGGUGUGUGCCGUCCACUCUACAUAAUGGCCACGAUGAAAACGAAGAGAAACACUGUGAAGACCCUGACGAUACAUCUCCAGCCACAAGUAAAAACAUGGAAGAUUUUGAAAAUACAUCGAAUGCGACUACGAAAUUUCAAGAGGCACUGGUGGAGACGGAACAAGCUGACGAAACUUUAACUCCAGUGGAUCUUGUAACUCUGCAAGAUGAAAUAAUUAAUGAACUGCAAGAACAUAGUGCACGUAUCGGAAAUAUAAUUGAGUCAAUGCAAGUUCAAGCAAAUACUGAAAUCAAUAAAACUCCCGAGGUCGCGUACUCUAGCCCCUCUAAUAACAAAACGGAAAAUGAUGAAACAAUUACACAUGAAAACUUUGACAAUAUUGACCAACUGCAUAUUAAAACGACUGAAACCACCACUACGGAACUAAAACCCGCCCAAAAUGAAGUACAAAUAGGGUUAGACACAAACGAGGAAUCCGCCCGUACAAGCAUUCAGGAACUUUCUGAAACUAAUCAUAAUGAAAGUAAAACCCAAGGUGAAAAAUCCACGUUCGAUGGCCACGAUGACGAAGAAGAUGAUUGUAGACCGCAACGCGUGAGACGUUGUUCUUCGUUGAAAACAGGCAAAACUCCUCCCGGUACACCAGGCCGUAAGAAAAUUGUACGUUUCGCAGAUGUACUGGGACUCGAUUUAGCGGAUAUAAAAACGUUUCUGGAUGAAAUACCGACUAUACCAAAAUCUGCAUUUGAAGAUUUGGAAGUUUUAGAAUCAGAACCACCGCUACAGCUUGGACCAAAAUCCGAUAAGUUGCUAAUGCCGUUAUUUCAACAACCUGGAGGACUGCCGAAAUUUUUAGAUCGUGUACGAGAGAAACAAGUCUCCUUGGAGAAUGCAGCGGUAACCGAUCAUGUCAAUCAAACAAUCACCGGCACUGUGCGUGUACGCAAUUUGGACUUUAAUAAAUCGGUUUAUAUACGUUAUACCUUGGAUAAUUGGCGCAGCUAUGCAGAUCUACAAGCCAACUAUGCCGAGAACUCGUGUGACGGUUUCUCAGACAAGUUUACGUUCUUUCUUUUUGGUAAUUCUUUGCAAAUUGGUCAACGCAUAGAGUUUGCUGUACGUUUCCAUUGUAAAGGGCAACAGUUUUGGGAUAAUAAUUAUGGUACAAACUACUGCUUCCAAUGCUUGCCAGCGUCAACGCCAAUCAACACACAUACACACACAAUACAUGUGCAACCGCCUCGGAGUCAUUCAGGAGAAUUAUUUAGUCCGACACUUGGCGACUCGUGGUGCAGCUCCUUCUAUUAGUGAUGUGAAAAAAAAUUAAAUAAAACUAAAAACUAAAUUGUUAAUGAAAAUGCGCAGCUGCAUAUACACACGAAAAUAUAUAGAAAUAUACAAAUAGUCAUAUAGUAAAAAAAUCAGGGAAAAUGCUCUCAAGUCUCCUAUUAACUUAAAUAACUGAACCCACCCUUUCAAAGCCAAAGAACAAACGAAAUCACGAGCAUGAACUACAUUCAUAUGUAUGAGCUUAUGUACAUUUUUUUGUAAAUAAUAAAACAAUAUAAACUCACAUGUGCAUGCGCGCAUAUAUAUUAACAUAUGUACAUAUGUAUUUGUGACAAAUGCCAAAAAAUAGUAGCACCUAGCAUGCCUCCAACAUCUGCACUCAUAAAUAUUUGUGAGAAAUUAGCUGCUGGCAUAUUAGCAUAUGAAAUAUUUUUUCCUCUAUAUGCCUAUAUAUUGUACAUUUGAGCAUAUAUGUGUGCGCGUACACACACACAUUCAUACAUACAUAUACUAUAUGAUGCAAAAACAAACAUAUUUUUCAAAGGAAAUAAUAGAAAGUGGAGCUGUUCAAAACCUCCUUAAAACUGUUGCCGUUUUGUAUAAUAAAGUGAUCAAUAAAUUUAAUACUAAAAAUAAAAAUUAUUGUUACAAUAUUUAUGAAUGAAGAACAUGUAAAUUACGUAUCAAAUGCAAUAAUGUACAUACAUAUUUAUUUUUAAUUUUAAAAAUUUUGUCCUUUGUAAUAUUUUAACGAUUUUAUUUUAUAUUCACGCAUUCUUUAAUUUUAAUUAUAUAAUUAAAUAUACAC